AUGCUCAACCAUAUUCACCAUUCUUCAUAUUUCUCUACUCUCUCUCAUCACUUCCCUCAACCAUCAUCAUCAGAAUCAUCAUCCUCUGCAACUUCAUCUUCCCAUACACUUCCACCAUCUCUGUACGCACACCUUCAACCUGCAACCUCUCUGCAUCUAAUCAACUUCAUCCAUCUUCUACAACCACUUCAACAUCAAUUAUGGGCAACUAAACCUCCAUCUUCCUUAUCUCUUCUUCACCCUCUUCGCACAGAUUCAUCAUUACAUCUUCAACUUUCAUCAUCGACAUGUGAAUUCCAAAUCUUCAUCACAUAA